CGGCACUUCGUGUGUUUUAGCCUCAGAAUUUCCUGCGUGAUCUGCCAGUUCAUAUUCCCAUAUACGUUGAAAACAAUCUUAAAUGAUGGUUUGGUUCUGGUUUGGGGUCUUUUGAGGUGGAAAACUUCAACUAUUUAAUGAUCACAUAUUUACCCUUAAGGGUUUGUGUUUUGAGGGCUUUUCCCACUCCAAAAUUGUUUUUAGAAUAAAUUCUUGUUUUUCUUUGGAUCCGUCUGGAAUUGGGUUUGGUGGGGAGUAAACUGGGAAGCCAGCUUCAUUUUUCUUUUCUCUAAAUCAUGUUAUUUCUAAGUUUACUUAUUGAAUAAUUCAUCUUUUCAUUGAUUUGGCAAACUACCGCUGUUGUGUAUUACAUUCUUACACGUCUUUGGAACCAUUUCUGCAUUUUAUGGUGUCCUUGAUGUACAUAAAUAUUUGAAUUCAUGAAGUAGAUCUGUCCCCCAGCCUUUCUGCUUUGGCUAUUUUGCUUAGAAAAUCCCUUCUUACUGAAACUAAUGAAAAUUUACAUGCAUUUGUAUUCAAUUUAUUUAUGAUAUAAUUUUACAUUUUAAUUCCUAUUCAUUAAUUAGCUUAAUGGAUUCAUUAGACUUUUCUGAAUAUGAGAUGAUCUAAUUUUUUUGUCCUUUUGUUUGUUUCUUUGCCUUUGUUCUACUUACUUUCUGGGAGAUUUGUUGAGCUUUAUAUAAAGGUGGCUUUAUUUUUCCCAAGGCACUGAGCCCUUUGUCCUGGUAACAUUUACUGAGUCAUCUCUGUUACAGCAAUUUGGACCAUAGAUGGGGCCUUGCUCCUGAGUCCCUGAGCCCUCUUCUCAUCCAAGCCAACCUGGCUCUGGCCAGGACUUUGUGGCUGUAGUGGGCAGAGUUGACAGCACAUUUCCACGUGUAUCCUCAGUGUGUUUGUUUGCCAUUUGUGACUAGAACAUUUUCCCUAUAUUUUCUGAUUAGGGGUUGGCUGGCGUACGGAAGCUGGCAGCUUGCAUGCCUGUUUGUGGUCAUUUACUCCAGGAGGUUGCCAGUUGUACUUGGUGCCCACACCUGGCUGAGCCCUGCAUCUUCUUAAGGUGGUUUUAACACUCUGGAGGGCGGGCUCAGUGGACAUGAGGGGGCAGGGCAUUCCAGCAGGGAAACCUGGGAUGAGGGGGAUGAGGGUGAACGGAGCGAGAUCUAGGAGGCGUGCAGCUGCCCAGCCCAGGAACUCUGAGGGUAUCUGUCACAGCUUGUCACUAUGGGUGAUGUCUUUAGAAGGACAGUGAUCAAGACCAUCAGAAAUGACUGCUCUGCUUGUGGAGUAUCUUACUCUUCACCUCAGUGCUUCACUAAUAACUCACUUUUUCACUUUAAACUGAAAAAAAAAAAGACCAUCAGGAACUCCAACAAGGGUGUUAAGUUCCUAAAACUUAGCUUACAAAGCAAAAUAAUAAUAAUAAAAGUUAAAUUCUAAGCUCUUUGCGUCUCUGCAGUCCCUUUUUUAGGUCCUAUCUGUGGUUUUCUUCAUCCUGCAAAAUACCCCCAUUGGAAUUCUAAUUAGAAUUGUAUUGCGCACACACGCACGUUUGGGGGAAAUAGGCAUUUCUGGUGAACAGAGUGGCAGGUGCAGUGAGUUCAGUGUGUACCUUCUGGACAAAUGUCCACAUACCUAGUGUUUUACAGAGAAAGCAAGGUAAAGGUGCCUCCUCUGGCUGACCCAUGGAGCAUUCUCCAGAAGGAUGACUGUUCUUUACUGUGAAACUCUUGGGGGUGACCUGCCUGCUGGGCUUCUGUGCCCCACUGCAGAUCCCCCUCUGCAUUCCAGAAGAUGGGAACCUCCUCCUGUCAGGACAGCUCCUGGUCCCUUUUUUCCAGCAGUUUGGUGGGACAGACACCUCAGCUUAACUUGUCUAGAAUCCACCUACUCCUAGGCCUGUCAGAUGCUUAGAUCAAAUCUGUGGGGCACUAAGUCUCACUCUACCAGAACCCAGCCCCCCACAGCCACCGGGGCAGCCAGGCAUAACCAGGCAUAGCUGAAGUGUCAGAGUAGUCACAGAGGGUCAUGAUCAGGCCAAGCGUGCAGGGCACGGGGUGGGGUCCCCACAGGAGAGUGUGUCUGCAGCAGAGCCAUCCCUUCUCAGGCUCUUUCCUCUUUGGGGAAUUGUCUCUGAGGCAGCCUGGCCUGGCACCCCUACCAGACCUGAUGGCUACCUGGCACCUGUGUGAAUGUUCUCACGUGGGCCCUCGUGGGCAGACUGUGGGCCAGGCCAGGGGAGCAGGGCAGAUGGCCCAGAGCUCUCGAGUGUACAGAGGUCCCCAGGCAUCCCAGAGUUGUGACCUCCUGGGUCCGCGCCUAGAACGGUGUGUUUCUGUGGCUCCUGAGCAGUAGGGUUGAAGCCCACAGAGGGCAGGGCUCCCCUGAGAAAUCAGGGUCUGCGCCACAAGACCAGGCUCUUCAUGUGCUCCCUUCUCUUCCCUCAGCCUCACAGGCUUCUCUGGGUUCCAUCUUCCUCAAAGACAACAGGGGACUGGGCAAUGGCAGCAGCAAGGCUCCUGCCACCGCCGGCGGGACCCCAGGUCAAGGUGACCUUUGAGGAUGUGGCCGUGCUCCUCUCCCAGGAGGAGUGGGACCAGCUGGGCCCUGCUCAGAGGGGCCUCUACCGACAUGUGAUGAUGGAGACCUACGGGAAUGUGGUUUCGCUAGGACUUCCAGGGACCAAGCCCAAUGUGAUCUCCCAGCUGGAGCGAGGAGAAGAGCCCUGGGUCCUGGACGGGCAUGGAGCCAAGGACAGCAAGGGCCUGGGCAGCGGUGGUUCAGAAUGUGAGAACAAGGGAGAAAACCAAAAUAGUCUGAAGUUGUUCGUUUCAGAGGAAGUAUCCACAGUUCUGGGGAAAACAGCCCCUGGGUGGAUUGAUCAAGGAAGUGACAAACCUGAGCAGAGCUUCCGUCUGAGUCCAAGCUCCACGGGCCCCUGUGAAGGUGAGGUCUCCAGCCUAAGCAAGCCGCUCACUCGGCAGUCGGCCACUCCCAGUGGGGAGAGACCCUACAAAUGCGUCGAGUGUGGGAAAUGCUUUAGUCGGAGUUCCCACCUUCUCCAGCAUCAGAGGACCCAUACAGGAGAGAAGCCCUACGUGUGUGGAGUGUGUGGGAAGGCCUUCAGCCAGAGCUCGGUCCUCAGCAAACACAGGAGAAUCCAUACGGGCGAGAAGCCCUACGAGUGUAACGAGUGUGGGAAAGCGUUCCGUGUGAGCUCAGACCUUGCCCAGCAUCACAAAAUCCACACAGGAGAGAAGCCCCAUGAAUGUCUUGAGUGCCGCAAGGCCUUCACUCAGCUCUCACACCUCAUUCAGCACCAGCGGAUCCACACUGGGGAGCGGCCCUAUGUGUGCCCACUGUGUGGAAAGGCCUUCAACCACAGCACUGUGCUGCGCAGCCACCAACGGGUGCACACGGGGGAGAAGCCCCACGAGUGUGCAGAGUGUGGCCGGGCUUUCAGCGUGAAGAGGACUCUGCUGCAGCACCAGCGGGUGCACACCGGGGAGAAGCCAUACUCCUGUAGCGAGUGUGGGCGCGCUUUCAGUGACCGGUCAGUCCUCAUCCAGCACCACAACGUGCACACAGGCGAGAAGCCCUAUGAGUGUGGGGAGUGUGGCAAGGCAUUCAGCCACCGCUCCACGCUGAUGAACCACGAGCGGAUCCACACUGAGGAGAAGCCCUACGGCUGCUAUGCCUGUGGCAAGGCCUUUGUGCAACACUCCCACCUAAUCCAGCACCAGCGGGUGCACACCGGAGAAAAGCCCUACGUAUGCAGCGAAUGCGGGCAUGCCUUCAGCGCCCGCAGGUCUCUGGUCCAGCACGAGAGAAUCCACACAGGUGAGAGGCCCUUCCGCUGCACACAGUGUGACAAGGCUUUCAGCCUGAAAGCCACACUGAUUGUGCACCUGAGGACACACACAGGCGAGCGGCCCUACGAAUGCAGCCGCUGUGGGAAGGCCUUCAGCCAGUACUCUGUGCUCAUCCAGCACCAGCGGAUCCACACGGGUGAGCGGCCCUAUGAGUGUGGCGAGUGUGGCCGUGCCUUCAACCAGCACGGACACCUGAUCCAGCACCAGAAGGUGCACCGGAAGCUGUGACCUCAGUAGCCACAAGAGUCAUUCACACUCAGGCACACAGACCGGGAAUGCUGUAGCUCAGGAGAAGCCCUGUGGUAAUUGAGGGUCACAAAAUAACUCCAGGGAGAAGCACUGAGCUUGUUAUUUCUGUGGGAAAACUUAAGAGGGUGCCUGUUUAAUUUUUUCGAAAUAUUGGAAGUUGUACUGGAGAGUAAUAACAAUUGUAGUGAAUUUUGGUAAAGACAGCCAUAAUUCUUUAACACUAGGUAGUUUCAGAUAAACUCAAGAAAGGCAUAAGGAUUACUGUCACAAUAAAAACUUUCUUACAUUCCAAAUAAAGGUUUCUUAGAACAUUUCAUGCCUUUCUGAAAAACAAUGGCUACUCUAAUUAUUACACUUAGAAUGAGGAUAUUGGACUAUUUGCAGUAUCUUGUUAAACCACUAAAGUGCAGUGUGGAUGAAAUGCUAUUGAAGUGUCAUGAAGUAGCAUCGUGUACUAUGGCUAGAAAUCCUAAUUGUGGGGAACCUCCUGUUUUGUAAGGCGGGAAAAGCAAACAUUACAAACUAUGAAAAUUUAUAAAACCCUUAUCUGGGGCUUUACCUUUAUUCAAGAUCAGAAAGGAUGUCCUAACUUUCUAGUAAAAAUUUAACUCAAAAAAUGGAUCUUUUCCUCCAAACUCACCCUUGUGACCAACAGACCCUGUGCCCCAGAAAUCAUGGGAUGGCUUGGGCAUCUGGGCCCCAUUUGGGUGUAGGCGGGGAGCUCCACUCAGUCCCAGAUGUCAUAGCUGCAACACCCAGUGGGUACCUCGACACACAGGUGUUUCCAAAAGACAUUACUAAAAAGACUUGGUGUCUAUUUUCAAAACAAAGUUAUCGAGUUCAAAUAGCUCUUUUUCCUAUCAAAUAUUAUUUUUAUUUCUAAGUUUGAGGGAUUUUGUUUCAUUUUCUUUUUAAAUUCCUAGUUCCAAGAGUAUAUUAGCCAGUCAUAUGCUAUAAUGGACCUGGUUUAUUAAUUUUCUUUUAACUUUUUUCUCUAAAACAUGAUCCACCUCUCAGGAGAAGUUAAGCGCUAGGGAUUGACCCUUAGGCCCACAGCAGUGUGCUGUCAUGCAGAUAAAAGCUCAUGUCCCUUGCGUAGACACUGCUGAGGAGUCAUGGGUCCCAGAGAGUGCAGCUGUCGCCCUCGCUCAUGCCGCCCACAGCCUGCCACUACCUGGCACAAAUCCUAAUCCCAUGGAAGAGUUAGAACUAGUCAUGUUCCCGGCAGGAUGAGAAUAAGAGUUACAUUAAAUCAUGCUGUUCGGUGUACAGAAUACCAUUCUGCCUUUUCUUGCACCAGCUGCUGUGGAACCCUUGGUGAGCAUCGAGCUCAGUGUCCAUGGAGCUGGGUGGUAAGCACAUGGCGCCCUAUCCCUGGGGAGGCUCACAGACUGCAGUCCUGCCCCAGGAGCAGGAGGUAGCACACCACCCAAUGACCCAUAUGGCGGUCAUGGUUGGAAGUGGGCAUCAGAGGCCAAAAUGACCUUUGGGGCCCCCAAACCCUGAUAAACUGCCUUCUUGGCUAUUACUUCCCAUCUCUGACUUAGCAGCAUUCAAUACUUUUAUUUUGAACUCUUCAUAUUUUAUGUAUUUAAAUCUAUUCAUAGUGUUUCUCCUUAUCACUAGCAAGAGUUUGACAGUUCUUUUCAGAUUUUUUAUUAUUUGGGGAACAUUUUUGUCCACCUGAAAUUUUUUUUCUGUGUAACUGUAUAACCUGAUGUACUUCCAAUAAAAACAGUAAUGAGUGGAACGUA